UCGUGAAAAUUGUGCCAAAGUGCACAAAGUGCGACAAUACCACGUUGCUUAUCCCGGAUUCCUUGUGCUGCGCGCCCUGAGGAGGCUGGCCGAGCGAUAGGCAUCGGCCGACGGCAGCUUUUGUGACCGGAAGUGCCUAAAGGCCCGAAGAUUCUGCCUUCGCAGCAACUAGGCGCUGCGGUCGCUCCAUGGCCGGGCGCCACCGGCCUCCUAGCCUCUGUCACCGCUGACGACAUGGCACACAAAGGUCACAGUGGCGUGAAUCAGCUCGGAGGUGUGUUCGUCGGCGGUAGACCGCUUCCAGACUCGACGAGGCAAAAGAUCGUCGAGCUGGCGCAUUCGGGUGCGAGGCCUUGCGACAUCUCUAGGAUCCUACAGGUUAGCAAUGGCUGCGUCUCGAAGAUUCUUGGGAGGUACUAUGAAACCGGAUCGAUCAGGCCCAGAGCGAUCGGUGGCAGUAAGCCACGCGUAGCCACGGCAGAAGUCGUAAGCAAGAUCUCCCUCUACAAGAGCGAGUGCCCCUCCAUCUUUGCGUGGGAGAUCAGAGAUCGUUUGCUCCAGGAAGGCGUCUGUACCAACGAUAAUAUCCCUAGCGUGUCAUCUAUAAACAGGGUAUUGAGAAAUUUAGCGGCACAGAAAGAGCAACGACAGCAACAACAGCAGCAGCAGCAAGGAGUGGCUACUGUUGGCGUUGGAGUCGGUGCUGGCAGUCCAGCUGAGAGCGUUUACGACAAAUUGAGGCUGCUGAACGGGCAAACCACUGGCUGGCCGAGGCCCAAUCCAUGGUAUCCAUCUGGAGCUGGCAGUCCAUUUCCAUCCCUGCAGCCCAGCUUGAGUCCGAGUCAUUGUACAGCUCUGCCGCCGGAUCCUGCGGAUAUUCUGCACGCAAAGAAGGUGGCGGAACUGGAGGGCGGCGCACACUCGGACGAGACGAACAGCGGCGGUGACAACAGCAACGCCGGUAGCGUGUCCGGAGGCACGGACGACGACCAGGCGCGUCUCCGUUUAAAAAGGAAGCUUCAAAGGAAUCGCACGAGCUUCAGUAACGAGCAAAUCGACGCUCUCGAGAAGGAAUUCGAGAGGACGCAUUAUCCAGACGUAUUCGCCAGGGAGAGACUCGCUGGCAAGAUCGGUCUGCCGGAAGCUCGAAUACAGGUGUGGUUUUCGAAUCGGCGGGCCAAGUGGCGGCGCGAAGAGAAAUUGCGCACGCAACGGAGGGACAACCCGCAACACCAGCAGCCACAGCAGCAACAGCAACAGCAACAACAGUCGCAGCAGCAGCAGCAACAGCAGCAGCAACAGCAGCAACAGCAACAGCAGCAACAACACGCCGGAGGGGUGAGCCUGGUGGGUGCUGGCCAUCCGACACCGCCACCAGCCUCGGGUAUUUUGGCUAGUCAACCACCGCCGCAAGCACCACCCUCUCCACCGAGGAUACACCAUGGUUUCGCACCCACGGCCGUUUAUCCGGGAAUACCCAGCAUGCCAGACUCGUAUAGCCCAAUGACGUCGAUGCCGAGUUUUACGAUGUCCAGCGGUAGCCAGCAGAACCAGCACACCACCAGCAGUAUGUCGUCGUUGUCAACAGGCGGUGGGAUGGGCCCUAUGGGCAUGACCGUGGGCAUGACAGUGGGCCCAAGUCCCGGAGCGUGCCUUCAGCAACGGGACAACGGAUACUCGUGCGGCGUGGCUCGUCCACCGAGUUACGAGCCCCUUCAUCUGGGAUACGGGGCACGGCCCACGUGCAGUCCCACCCAGCCAUACCACACCGCGGGCCUGAAUCAGUACAAUCAGAAUACCAGUUCCACCGGUGAGUGUCUACCGCACUCACUGCACUCGCUGCUUGCACUUUAGCCGAUGGACUACCACGGAUAACACGCUAUCCAAUCUCCCGGUCUGAUAUCACCAGGUGUCAGCGUGCCGAUCGCGGUACCGGGUCAACCAGCACCAGACAUGGCAGCGCAAUACUGGUCCCCUCGGCUACAGUGACCGUGGUGGUCAUCGGUGUCGACAUCCUCUCCGUAGGCUUGAGCUUCUUUGACUUACGUUAGUCUUACAAACGUUAGAUACAGGAGAACGCAAGGAGAAGACGUUCGAAAUCGAUGAAAGGGCAGCUCUUGCAAUCGUUCAGUAAAAAAAUCGUUCUGUUGUCGAUGAUCGUCGACUGCCUUUGACCAAUCCAAAGGCCGAUUUCUCUUCAAAAUCACUCGAAGAACGUACGAGGAAGGAGAAUAAAAAUGAUAACGAUGAUGAUGAUGAUGAUAAACGUCACGUCUGACGAUAAGAUCUAUCAAACGUAAGAAAAAUAAAUUUUGCGAAAAGUUUCUUUUCACGCGCGAGAUGAAAGUUCUUUUGCGAAUCGAUCGACGUGUACGACCGUUAAUUACAGAGGGUUCCCAGUUGCUUUCUCCUGAGCUUACUUUUUCAAUCCGAUUGUUUGAAACAAAUCGAAAUAUUUACCUUUCAAUGUGCUCGUACACGCCUGGAAGCAUGAGGAAAAAAAUACUUUUGUCUCGAACGAAUUUACGAAAUGCAGAUGUUUAGAAGUCUUUUAGUCGUAGACUCGCGCAUCAUCGAUACUCUAAAAGAGGAAAAUAAAAUCAAGAAAACGUUCAGAAAAUUCACAUAAUCAGUAAAACAAUCGAAACACUUACGGUAGUACUGUAAAGUUUUUAUGCCGCAGAUAAUCUACAAUUAUCUCCUGAUAAUCUCUCGUUUAUGUUUUCUAUAUAGCUAUCGUACUUCUCCUACAAUGCUACAGACCAAAGAACUUAAUUGGACAUGGAUUUGCCAAAUAAAACUUGUUACAAAUUUAAAUUAUAUUUCUAUGGUUGCGAAUGCGAAACGAAACUUUUUAUCAGUUACAAUGUACUAAAAUUAAAAUAAAUUAUAGGUUAUACAUAACUUAAGACAUCAUCAAUUUCAAAAGUCUCUGUACAAACCUUAAAAAGACAGCGAAACAAUUUUUCUUAAACUAACCUCAAAACCAGUUGUAAAAAGAUGGAUCCUUGGCCAACAAAUUCCUUUGGUCUCUAGUAUGAAUGGUACAUAAAAUAGUUCUCAGGACGCGUGCAAUUUUCUCCUCAAAUAAAAAAAAAGAAAAGAAAAGAAAACCUCUUGUUUGUGUCGCGAGUUACGAUUACGAAAAGUACUUUUAGCAAGAGUAUCUCCAUGGUAGUCCAUGACGACACCAUGACGGAGAAGUUUCUUUGUAACGAAGCUAAUAGGUAGGUACCGAACUGUUUCAAUAUGUUGUUAGCGGAAUUUACGUCACGAAGUAUUUUCGUUUCGAUGGUAAUUAAGUAAUAAUAGGCAGCCAAGGUACUAUUAUAUUGGCUUAUUAUCGACCAGCAGAAAUUGAGCAACAUACGUAGAGAGGUCUUCGAGACAUUCGUUCGAAGCUGAACGUUUAAAAUGUUCUGUUGUAAGCGGCAAUAUUAUACAUAAAAUUUGCGAAUAAAUCGAGAAAAUUGAAGACUAAUCAUUGAUAGACAUAUUACUUCGCGUUUCGAUCUUACAUAGUUAUUUUUCCGACCUCUUUGUUAGCGCUACAUAGCGUGCAGACGAUGUUACAACAAGUUUUCUUUAAUCAUGCACGAAGUUUUAUUUUUUUUUUUUUUUUUUCUUUUCUCCUUAAAAUUGGAAAGUUCAGAAACUCUGAAGAUUUGAAAUGUUGGAAGACUCGACGAUUCGAAAAUCAGACUUGAACUUAAAUUUGAGAGCUUACCCUGCCAGUUACGAAUCUAUUUUCAUUUCGAUCGAAUUUACAAGUACGAGGACUGCCUUUUGCUAGUCUUUGCCCUUUGGAAUUAUUAAUUACACUUCGUUAGUUUUUCCACAUUUUUAAAGAAAACUUUCCUAACGUCUGGACGUAUUUUCUCACGAGAAAACGUAAGUUUUCGAACCGAAAUAUUUCGUUCUUCGAUGCGAUCGUUUAAUUCCAAGCGUCGUCGUCGUUUUUCUCCGACCACGAGGCGGCGACGACUUUACUUAUCAUAAUAUAAAUUUAAAGAAAUAAUUCAUAUCGGAAUCGGAGCAGAAAACGAAAUUCGAGGAAAAAAUUUGUAUGAUAACCAAAGGGAAAAGAAAUUACACAUGAGAAAGAACAGCAACAAAAAGAAAAGAAAAAGAAAGUAGAGCAUUAAUGAGGAAGAAGAACUCGUUAGCAAGAAUGGGGAGAAUCUCGCAGAGAUUUUAAACCACAGUUUCUUAGACGUAAUUUCUAUAGGCGAAUAAAUAAAAUAAAAAAAAGAGAGAGAGAGAGGAGAUCGUAAG